AUGGUUUUUGUCAGAACCCUGAGCAAGGUGACUAGGAAGAGAUUUGGUAAAAACAAUGUAAUUCUGUCAGACAUCAGGAAUCCCCCAAGUCAUAAGUUGUUAUUACAAAUAUCCCUUUUGUACACUGCAGGCCCCUUUGUUUACUCUGACAUUUUGGAUGACAAGAACCUGCGUGGGAUUGUAGUGAACAACCAAAUUACUUGGCUGGUCCACUAUAGCGCCCUCCUCAGUGCUGUUGGAGAGGCCAAUGUAUCUUUGGCACGGGCUGUAAACAUCACAGGUUUGCACAACAUCCUGGACAUUGCGGUAGAACACAGCCUGCGCCUCUUUGUCCCCAGCACCAUCGGUGCAUUCGGGCCCACCUCCCCCCGGAACCCCACCCCUGACCUGUGCGUGCAGCGCCCCCGAACCAUCUACGGAGUCUCCAAAGUCCAUGCAGAGCUCAUGGGAGAGGUAAAGGCCAUUAUCUAA